AGACAGAGUUUUGGGGAGAGAGAGAGAGAGGGAGAGAAGGCUCUCUCACCUACUCACAAAAUUCCAUAUUCCACUUAGAGUGAAGGACAACAAAACAGUAACGACAAAAGGACCCCCCACGCAUUGUCGACAACGUAGCCAUGGACAAGCCCUUACAAAGAGAGCAACUUUAAUUAAGGGGGAUUGAAUUUUUCUGUGGGAGAGAAACAGAGGAAACCCAGGAAGAAACCCACAACAACAGCUGUUUCAAAAGAGAGGGGGGUUGGAGAAGCAAUCUUUGGAAUUCUCGUGGGCCACCAUCUGGGUUCUUGAUCAAUUGCAAAACCCAGUAAGGAUUUGGCUGUUCUUGUUUUAGUUGGCUAGUUCUGGUUCUGGUUUGGUUGAGCUGGUUCUGUUUGUCUACUCUGUUUCUUCUGUGACCGCUUAGAUGCUUUCCUCUGUGAAUUUGAGCUUAAUUGAUGAAAAAAUAUUCUAUAACCGUUUUGAGUUCUAGUUCUAGUGAAAAUUGCCUUUCUGAUAACUUUCUUUGAUUUGGGUUCCGCCUGUUGUUUGAUCUUACCCUUCUACUUGUUUUGCCUGUUCUCCUUUCCUUGCAUGCUUGAUCUGGCGAAUUUGGUAGAUCCUUAGCCUUCUUAGACUUAUAACUAAGCCCUCACGGGCUCUGAAUCUGUAUUCUUUUGCUUUGUUCUUGCGAAUGGUGACAGGGGGCUAACCAUUUUUCUCUAUUUAUGAUUUCAUGCAAAUUUGGCUCUUGCAUGAGGGAUAUGAUGUUUCCUUAGAAGACCCGGACUUCCUCAUCAUUUAGAUCAUUUUGUGGAGUGAGUUUUCUUCUCUUUUUGUUGAAGAUAGUCUGUCUUUUUUUCUCAGUUCCCCAAAUUGUUGUGAUUGUUGUAUGGGACCAAUGUUUCAAGACGAAGGGUCUUCGUCUGUAACUUCGUCGCCUCUCCAAUUAUUUUCCAUGAUGUCACUUCCUCCUAGCUUAGGAUCACCAUACCCAUGGCUUAAAGAACUUAAAUCUGAAGAGCGGGGUUUGUAUUUGAUCCACUUGUUGCUCACUUGUGCAAAUCAUGUUGCUGCCGGUAGCCUUGAAAAUGCAAAUAUUGCCCUUGAGCAAAUCUCCCAACUCGCCUCUCCUGAUGGUGAUACCAUGCAGCGCAUAGCUGCAUAUUUCACUGAGGCACUUGCCGAUAGAAUCCUGAAAGCUUGGCCUGGUCUUCACAAGGCCCUCAAUUCCACUAGAAUAACAUUGGUUUCUGAAGAAAUUCUUGUUCAGAAACUGUUUUUUGAGCUGUUUCCCUUCUUGAAGUUGACCUAUGUGCUCUCAAACCAGGCUAUUAUUGAAGCCAUGGAAGGGGAAAAGAUGGUUCACAUAAUUGACCUGAAUGCAGCUGAACCUGCCCAAUGGAUUGCACUUCUUCAAGUUUUGAGUAUACGGCCUGAAGGCCCACCCCAUUUGAGAAUCACUGGAGUUCAUCAACAGAAAGAGAUAUUGGACCAAAUGGCGUAUAAACUGACUGAGGAAGCUGAAAAACUGGAUAUCCCAUUUCAGUUCAAUGCCGUGGUUAGCAAAAUAGAUAAUCUUGAUUUUGACAAACUCCGUGUCAAAACCGGGGAGGCUCUAGCGAUCAGCUCAGUUUUCCAAUUGCAUUCCCUGUUGGCCUCUGAUGAUGAACUCUUGAGAAAGAAAUCCCCACUUGCAUCAAAGAAUCUGAAUGGAAGUCAUUUACCUAGAGUCCUGCAAAUUAACCAAAGCACAUUGGGUGAGCUGCUUGAGAAAGAUAUGGUUAACGGGCAUAGCCAGAGUCCUGACUCAGCCUCAUCAUCGCCUAUAUCUUUAAAUGCUUCAGCAAAGAUGGAUAGCUUCCUUAAUGCGUUGUGGGGUUUGACACCGAAGCUCAUGGUAAUAGCAGAACAAGAUUCUAACCACAAUGGAUCAACUCUAAUGGAGAGGCUAUUGGAAGCUCUUUACUCUUAUGCAGCACUGUUUGAUUGUUUGGAGUCUACAGUCCCAAGAACGUCAUUGGAGAGAUUGAAGGUGGAGAAGAUGCUGUUUGGGGAGGAAAUCAAGAACAUCAUAGCAUGUGAAGGAGCUGAGAGGAAAGAAAGGCAUGAAAAGCUUGAGAAGUGGAUCCAAAGGCUUGAUUUGGCUGGGUUUGGGAAUGUGCCUUUGAGCUAUUAUGGUAUGUUGCAAGCAAGGGGGUUGUUGCAAGGUUAUGGUUGUGAUGGGUAUAAGAUCAAGGAAGAGAAUGGUUGUGUGGUAAUAUGCUGGCAAGACCGAGCCUUGUUUUCAAUAUCGGCUUGGAGGUGUAGGAAAUGAGAUCUGAAUUACUGAUCUCCCAGGUUUUAGUAAUUUUUUUCUUUUUUCUUUUUGUAUGAGAGAAUUUUGUUCAUCUGCAAUUGAAUACUGUUAAGAGUGUUCUGAUGGUCCUCCAAUUACCCAGCCAAAAAAGGCCAUCUUCUUUUAUUACCUACAUAUAGAAUUUGUUUAAUUCUUCUCAUUUUAUAUCUAAUGGAACCUUAACCAA